CGAGUGCUCCAGGACAUCCUAUGCUUGUUUGGCCAUCUCUGAAGUCUUGUUCUGUAAUAUUAUCUGUUUUCGUCGAUGCUGCAUGGUAUUCGUGCGGUGAAGCGUAGGUUUGCACCAUGUUUGCCGACGAAAACAACAGCCGCGCGACGGCGCAGCCUCCUCACAUUGGCGAUUGAAUCCUCCUGCGACGAUACCUGCGUCUCAAUCCUCUCCAAAUCUACGACUCGCAUCCAGCCUGAGUCUGUCCAAGUACGGCUACUCUUCAAUGAGAAGAUUACGCUUCGGAACACUGGCAAGGGUGGCAUAUGGCCUCCAGAGGCCUUGAACAGCCACCAACUGAACCUUGCCAAAUUGAUCGAAACUUCUCUUCCCUUCCUCCCUGGAUCCGAUCAGUCUUUGCCAGUGCAAAAGCGACUUUGGCUCCGAGAUGGACAAAUUAAAGAGAAACCUGAUUUCGUUUCCGUCACACGAGGCCCCGGGAUGAACCAGAACCUGGCUGUUGGCCUCAAUACUGCCAAAGGACUUGCUACCGCAUGGCAAGUACCAUUGCUAGGAGUCCAUCACAUGCAAGCGCAUGCCCUCACCCCCAGGCUUGCCACUGCCAUAAAAGGAGCUGGCCAGGACUCUUCACAGCCAGAAUUCCCCUUUUUAACACUUUUGGUCAGUGGCGGACAUACCAUGCUUCUACAUUCGAAAAGCUUGCUCGAGCACGAGAUUCUCGCAUCGACUUCCGAUACAGCUAUCGGGGAUGAGUUGGACAAGUGUGGGCGCAUGUUGUUACCUGCAGAAAUUCAGCACAAUACGCCUGACACCAGCUUUGGUAAAUAUCUCUCAGCCUAUGCCUUUAAAAGUUCAGCAGAGUUCAACUCCUGGAGCGUGCCCCAAAAUCGACAGGACGAAAUCAUUCGGCCACAGAAUAGCUUUGGGUGGAGCAUCAUGACUCCUAUGGCCAAGAACAGAGAGUUAUGCUUUAGCUUCUCGGGCAUUUCAAGCCAGAUAAAACGAAUUGUGUCUGACCGUCACUGUGAUACAAGUGAUGAGGAGAGGACUUUGUUGGCUCGAGCUGCUCUAGGUACCGCAUUCGAGCAUCUAGGUUCUCGAACCAUUAUCGCGCUUGAACAGCUUCGAGAUCAGGGGCUACAUAUUCCGACGCUGGUGGUAAGCGGAGGAGUCGCUGCGAACGACUUCUUGCGCUACUAUCUCCGCCAGAUGCUUGACGUGCGAUCAUUUCACAAGGUGAAUUUGGUGUUCCCGCCGGUCGAGCUCUGCACGGAUAACGCUGCAAUGAUUGCUUGGACAGGUGUGGAGAUGUUUGAAGCUGGGUACAGGACAGAUCUCGGGUGUGGCCCUCUUCGGAAAUGGAGCAUGGAUGGACAAAGUGAGGAUGGUGGCAUUCUGGGAGCAGGAGCUUGGAUCCUACAGAACCCUCGGCAUGUGUAAUAAAUUCCAUUCUUGCGUAAGCAGAUACAUAGGUGCAAUGGAAAGCACCGAGUGCACAGUCAACAAGUGUGCGUUUCCUACUCCGUAUAUGGAGAACAAUAACAAGGAAC